GGUCGACAAGCUCAGCUCAGUUCCGCUCAGAGGAACUGUUCGAACAGGUCUUUUGAGCUGAGCUGAACUGGUGAACCGGUUCGUUUGAACUAUGUUCCCAAAACAGAACAAAAGUGUUCUGCUUUGGAAACACAGCUCACAGUUCAAACGAACCGGUUCACCAGUUCAGCUCAGCUCAAAAGAGCUGUUCGAACAGUUCCUCUGAGCGGAACUGAGCUGAGCUUGUCGACCCCUAGACAUGAUAUCUAUUUCUCUAACAAAAUGAUAUACAAAGUUCUCUGAUAUCUUAUCUUCUAUUUGAAACAAGUUCCAUUUCAAUAAAAGCCAUUAUGAAAACCUUCAAAAUCAGAUUAUCUACUUUGUAGUGUGAAUUUUGAGUCAAACUGAUGUUGAGUGCAAAACAACAAAAAAUAGAACAAAACAUGCUAUAUCGAUUUUUGUAAUUUUAAACAGGCAAAAGUCGACAGGUCUUGAGAGCAGUGUUUGUUGUCAUACGACCCGACAGCUGUGUCAAGUGAAUUUAAUUUCACAUAUAGAUAAAACUCAACCAAAAUACAUGUAUUUAAAGAAAUUUUUCUUCGCAUAAAAAUAUAAAUAUUAUCGAAACUUAUCAUAUAAUUCGAUUCGAACAAGUAAUUCUAUAAUUUCAGUUAGAAACUUUAUUAUUACAUUUAAGAAUAAAUCAAAAACAAAAAAAAUAACUAUUUCAAAAAUUCGAAUAUUUAUUAAUAAAUAAAUAAAAAUUUUUUAUUCUAGAAAAUGAAAAUGAAUUUCUUUGAUGGUUUAGUGGCAUUUUACUAUACAAUAUUAUUGUAUUUAAGUGCAUUUUUUACUUUAAUGACACCUGGAACGGUGAUAUGGAAAUUAUUUAGAAAUCGUAAAGGAAAAAUAAAUUUACUUAGUAGAGAUUUAAUAUGUGAUAGUAAAACAUUAAUUAAUCUACCUAAAUGUGCAAAACCAUUAGAUGGUUUUACAAAUGCAUUAUGUCCAUUUAUUCCAACAUUUCUUAUUGAUAAUAAUGAUCCAUAUUGGAAAAAACGACGUGAUGUUUUUUCAUAUGCAAAUACAAUAAUUAAUGAAAGAAUUUUUGAAAAAUCUUUUGAUAUUAAAUUAGAAUCUCGAAAAGGAAAUAUUCUUUGGGAUAUAUUUGAAAUACUAUCAAAAAUAUCAUUUGAAUUAAUGUUUAAUCGAAAACCAACAGAAAAUGAAUUUAAUGAUAUUUAUUCUGGUUUACUUGAUAUUAAUAAAAUAAUAAAACGAUUUACAUCAAUACCAGAUAUACAAAUACGUCAAAAAUUUUAUGAUCGAAUAUUAUUAUUAAUUAAAGAAAAUGAUAAAGAUUUUAUAUUUCAUAAUUUUAAAGAUUUUUAUGAUAUGAAUGAAAUACAUCAAGUAUCAUCUGUAGCUGAAGAUUUUCUAACAACAAUAUCAGUUCAAUGUACGGAUUUUAUUUGUCAUAUGUUAUUAUUAUAUUCACAAUAUCCAAAUGAUUUUCAUGAUGAUUUAGAAAAUUCAAUUAAUGAAACACUUCGUUUAUAUCCAUUAACUGAUAUAUGGACAAGACCAUCCUAUGGAAAACAAAGAGGUUGGAUUGCAUCAUUAGUACAAUUAAAUAGAAAUGGAUGGAUACAACCAGAUUCAUUUAUACCUCAACGAUGGAAUACAAAAGAACAUCCACCACUUAUGACAUGGGGUUUUGAUAUAAGACGAUGUCCAGCUCAAAAAAUGGCAACAAAUAUUUCAAAAUUAAUAUUUGAAACAAUAAUAAAAACAGAAAAUUUUUGGAUAAAACCUGCUAAAAAUUUUCAACAUGAACGAACAUUUCCAUAUGGUUGUCAAGUUUGGAUUGGAUAUAAUGAAAUACCAAAUGAAGUUAAUACAUGGAAAUUUGAUGGAAAAUUUCAAAUGCAAUGUCGAAGAUGGUUAUGUGAAAAAUUAAGAAUGAUUGAUCAAAAUGAAUUAAAUUAA